AUGGAGCUCUCACAUCAUGAGCCCGCGCAACUUGCGCCUCAGUCCUCCCUGUCCUUUACACAGGGAUUCCUUCUCGGUCAGCUUUCUGUGGUCCUUUUAAUUGGCGCCUUUAUCAAAUUCUUCAUCUUCGGCGAAGCGCCACCACCUCCAUCUCGGGGCAUGUCCAAUCGCACAACCCACCGCCGCUACAGCUCCGUAUACAACCCACCUCAAGACGGCCAAAAGUCAUUACGAGAAAAGCCCUCCACAUCCAACGUCCUUCGUCCUGUGCCCGCCACCUCUACGAAUACACGCUCUAUUCUCCGUAAAACAUAUUACAGCGCUAUUCCUACAAACCCCACCAGCAAACAUGGCCGACACCGCAUGCACCAUUCUUCUCACCAGCCCGAGUCACUGGACUGGUUCAAUGUGCUCAUUGCACAGACAAUUGCUCAAUACAGACAAACAGCCUACUCCCUCAAGGACUCACCGACCUCUUCCAUCCUCAGCUCCCUGACUGCAGCGAUGAACAACCCAGAAAAGAAACCGUCUUUCAUAGACAAGAUUAAUGUCACGGAUAUCUCACUUGGAGAAGAAUUCCCGAUCUUCAGCAAUUGCCGUAUCAUCGCUGUUGAUGACCCUAUGUCUGACGGCGGGCGACUACAGGCGUUGCUGGACGUCGACCUCAGCGACGAUAACCUCUCCAUCGCCGUGGAGACAUCAAUGGUACUAAACUACCCCAAGCCACGCUCUGCGAUUCUACCAGUAGCGCUAUCAGUCUCAGUCGUGAGGUUUUCCGGGACACUCUGCAUAUCCUUGAUCCCAGCAUCGACAGAACCCCCAGAGUCACUACAAACGCCGGCAGGCUCACCGGCACCCCCACCAUCAGAACCGUCGCGCAACACGGGAAAUAGACCCAAUGGACCUGCAGAGCAUUCAACAUCACACGACCAACUUCCACCAAAAAGCAGUCCUAAAAGCAAUGUCGCAUUCUCCUUCCUCCCAGACUACCGCCUCGACCUUUCAGUCCGCUCGCUUAUUGGAUCCCGCAGUAGAUUACAGGACGUACCUAAGAUUGCACAGCUAGUCGAAGCGCGAGUCCAUGCUUGGUUUGAGGAGCGUGUCGUCGAGCCCCGUGUCCAGGUCGUCGGGCUUCCAGACCUGUGGCCGCGCAUGGGCCGGACAGGCGUGCGAACAGGCGAGGAUUCAGACGCUGGGUCUACGGCUCCGCCACGUAGCGCAGGCUCUACUGAAGCGUCUGGGCCGCCCCGUUUCGACGACCUCGGCCAUGGCAGGGAACCCGAGGGCCUGCGGUUCCGCGGCGGUCAGGAUGGCCGAUUAGGACUUGGUGCUGGAUCGCGUACAAGCAGCUUCAAUGUCGAUAUGGGUGGUUUGCGGAGCUCGAGUAUGUCCAGGCAGGAAAGUACCGGUGCUACGAGCGAUCACUUCCACAUGCCUGGCGCUAUGCCCGCCGGGACGCCAGUUGGCACACCCGGGAUCCCGGAUAUCACUUGA